AGGCUGGGAGCUAUAGGGCAUCAGAGCAGAAUGGGUUGGCUUGCAAAGCUGCUCUCUACCAGCCACCUCAGAGUCAAAACUGCACCUCCUUUCCUGGCUAGCUGGCCCCAAGCAUCAGCUACUUGGCUACUGCAGGUCUAUAAAAGCCUUUGGGAAUAAGUAACACCUGCCAAAUAGAGAUACAGUUGUCAUGGAAUUCUACUCAAUAUUGAUCCAGAGCAGAUUCCAAUGUCUAGUUAGCAGAGUAACAACUUAAACACGUUGCAGGAUUCCCCAAAAAUAGACCAGAGGGAAUUGUAUUUCAUCAAGCAGAACUUUACUUCUUCUCCAGGGAUAAGAUGGAGACCUUGGGUGAAUUUGACAACGAAUCCCCGCUCUACGUCUCUUUCUGCAAGCGGAUUUCCCCAGAGGACUUUGAGAAGCAAUCUCUGACGUACACCCAGAAAUCCCUGCAGGACCUUUAUGUCAAAAUGGAGCAGAAUCCAGGAAUCUGCGAGUCGAUUGUGCGCAAGAGGAAGCAGCUGGAGAGUGAGGAGGCGGGUAUGGCGUCCUACUUGAAGGCCAAGAUCUCUUCACUAUUCAAACACAGCAACUCAAUGGAAAUGGAGGAGAUGCAAGAAGAGGUGGAACAGCUGAAACGGGAGAUGCAGAAGGCCAGCAACUAUGCUUUUGCGGCCAAGAGGGCAUCACAGUUGGAGAAACGGGCAAGGAAGACCAUGCCAGGCCAAGCCAGGCUUCGGGAGCAGGUUGUUGCAGCCAUGCCCAAAGUCUUUGGUCCGUACCCAAAACAGGCAGAGAGAUUGACGGGUUCUCUGAACGUGGACUUGAAGCAGCCCCAGGUUGGCAUAUCACCAGUCAAUCAAAAGAGUACAGUCGACCUGCAUCCUGUUAUGCUGAGCCCCGGUGGCUGCCGUUCCUCAUUCCUGGGUAGCAACACCUUCAGCAGGGCGAAACCCUCCACUUUUCCAAGGACUGUUGACAACGGUCCGACUGAUUCUAUCCAAAGCGCCAGCCCAGCCAGCACAUCCUCAGUUCUGAACGCACCUUUGCUGGCCCAGCCGAGAGUCAGAAAAGAAGACACACAGGAUAACGAAAACCCGGGCCCCAGUUCCCACCCUACGGGGGCCUAGAUGUCUCUUGGUGUAGCGGAAGAUGCUAAGCAAAUGAAAGUUCAGUGCAUGAUCCUUA